AUGCGACUAUUCAAUUGUUAUUGUGAAGAAGAUGCCUCCGAUUCAACACCAAGUGCAAUGGAUCUUAAAGAGUUUCUUUUGUUCCUUCAAAAGUUGAUUAAAGAUAGUUGUGAUAAUGUCUAUUCCUGCACUAGAAAUGAAUCAUUGGCAGAGGGUAUUAGGAGAAUUGGUAAUGAUGUUGACUACUUUGAUUCUAUUGAAACUGGUUAUAGUGCUGAAAAUGGUCUAAGAAUAAGUGUGUAUAUUGACCACGAAGUUGUACUUGAUUGGGUUGAUAUGUAA